AACUCCUUGUUCAAGGAUAAUGGCUGCCGAUGACUGUGGAGCGAUAAUAAUUAAGAGAGAGCUUGAAUCUGUUGGGGAUGAAGUGAUUUUUGAAACAAAUAUCAUGAAAUGUGAAACAGGUGAAAAUGAAAUGGUCGGUGAAACUGGAAAAUAUGAUAUGUUUGGUAGAGAAAUUGUUACCCAUAACUUCGAAGAAAAACAUAUAGAUCAGAUUAAAUGUGAAAGUGUCAUUGAUGUUGACUAUGAACCCAAAUCAGAAAAAUGUAUAGAAGAAAUAAGUGAAGGCCCUCACAAUAAGUUCGUUGAUAUACAGGGUGAAGAUAUGAUUCAUGAUUCAAAACCCACCACAGAUUCUGGGAACAUCUUUGUUAAAAUAGAGGAUGAAACAGUCAUCGAGAAGAAAGAAGAGAGCUUCAAUGAAAAGAAGUCAUCAGCGUUAGGUCAAAAGGAGUUUGACACUGCUAACGAUCCUAAUGUGAAACCGUAUCAGUGCAAAAUCUGCUCGAAAUCAUUCAUUUCGAAAAGUCAUUUGAAAAUACAUAAAAAAACUCAUACAGGGGAGAAAUCAUUCCAAUGUAAAAUAUGUCUAAAGUCAUUUGUUGGAAGAGGUAAUUUGAAAGCCCACGAAAAAAUUCAUACUGGUGAAAAACCAUUUCAGUGCAAAAUCUGCCUGAAGUCAUUUAAUCAAAAUAGUAAUUUGAAAACACAUGCAGAAACUCAUACUGGAAAAAAAUCAUUUCAGUGUAAAAUCUGCUGGAAGUCAUUUUUUCAGAGUGUUAAUUUGAAAUCUCAUGAAAGAACCCAUACUGCUGAAAAGUCAUUUCAGUGUAAAAUCUGCUUGAAGUCUUAUAUUCAUAGUACUAAUUUGAAAAACCAUGAAAGAACUCAUACUGGGAUUAAAUCAUUUCAGUGUAAAAUCUGCUCAAAGUCAUUUUUUCAGAGUGUUAAUUUGCAAUCUCAUGAAAGAACCCAUACUGGUGAAAAGCCAUUUCAGUGUAAAAUCUGCUUGAAGUCUUUUACUCAUAUUAGUAAUUUGAAAACACAUGAAAUAACUCAUACUGGAAAAAAAUCAUUUCCAUGUAAAAUCUGCUCAAAGUCAUUUUUUCACAGUGCUAAUUUGAAAUCGCAUGUAAGAACCCAUACUGGUGAAAAGCCAUUUCAGUGUACGAUCUGCCUGAAGUCAUUUAUUCGAAAUAGUAAUUUGAAAACACAUGAAAAAACUCAUACUGGGGAAAAACCAUUCCAGUGUAGAAUCUGCUUAAAGGCUUUUACACAGAGUAGUAAUUUGAAAAUCCAUUAAAAAAUUCAUACUGGGAAAAAACCAUUUUAGUGUAAAAUCUGCCUGAAGUCAUUGUGCUAAUUUGAAAUCGCAUGAAAUAACCCAAUUAGUUUUGAAACAACUACUUUUAUCAACAUUGAACUAUA